AUGAAGCUGUCUCUCCUGCCCUGGGCCCUGCUGCUGCUGGUGACAGCCCCCGACCCAGGCCCCUGGCCUGCAGCAGGUGCCCAGGGGAGCUGCUCCCACCGUUGUGGAGUCCAGGAUGGGCCAUGCUCCUGCCACCCGACCUGCUUCGGCCUGGCCAGCUGCUGCUCGGACAUUCGGGACUUCUGCCUGGAGAUCUUGCCCUACUCGGGCUCCAUCAUGGGUGGCAAGGAUUUUGUGAUACAGCAUCUCAACUGGUCCAACCCCACUGACAGCGUGAUCUGCAGCUUUAAGGAGAGCAUCCAGACCCGCGGCUUCGUGGACUCCUCGGGACGAGUGCACUGUGUGUCACCCUUGCUCUAUGAGACCGGCCGCAUCCCCUUCACGCUCUCCAUGGACAAUGGCCGCUCCUUCCCACGCUCAGGCACCUGGCUGGCUGUGCACCCCAGCAAAGUGUCAGAGUCUGAAAAGAGCCAGCUGGUGAAUGAGACCCGCUGGCAGUACUACGGCACCGCCAGCGCCCAGGGUAACCUCACCCUGACCUGGAACACCUUGGCUCUGCCCACGAACUCCAUCACUGUAGAGCUAUGGGGCUACGAGGAGACAGGGAAGCCGUACUCCCAGGAGUGGACGGCAGCGUGGUCAUACCUGUACUCCUUGGCCACAAGCAUCACCAACUCCGGCUCCUUCACCUUCACACCAAAACCUGCACCUCAAGACUACCAGAGGUGGAAAGUGGGUGCCCUUCGCAUUGUCAGCAGCAAACACGCAGGGGAGAAGGACGUGCACGCACUCUGGAGCAACGAGCACGCGCUAGCCUGGCACCUGGGCGAUGACUUCCGGGCAGACCCUGUGGCCUGGGCCCGAGCUCAGUGCCUGGCCUGGGAGGAGCUGGAGGACCAGCUGCCCAACUUCCUGGAGGAGGUGCCCGACUGCCCCUGCACCUUGGCCCAGGCCCAGGCUGACUCUGGCCGCUUCCAAGCAGACUACGGCUGUGAUAUCGAGCAUGGCAGCGUGUGCACCUAUCACCCAGGGGCUGUGCACUGCGUUCGCUCCGUGCAAGCCAGCCCCCUAUAUGGCUCAGGCCAGCAGUGCUGCUACACGGCAGCGGGCACACAGCUCCUGACAGCCGACUCCACCAGUGGCAGCACCCCAGACCGUGGCCACGACUGGGGCGCACCCCCAUACCGCGUGCCGCCCCGCGUGCCGGGCCUCUCCCACUGGAUCUACGAUGUCAUCAGCUUCUACUAUUGCUGCCUCUGGGCGCCCGAGUGCUCCUACUACAUGCAGAGGCGGCCCUCCAGUGACUGCCACAGCUACCAGCCCCCGCGCCUGGCUUCCGCUUUCGGGGACCCACACUUUGUCACCUUCGAUGGCACCAACUUCACAUUCAACGGACGCGGCGAGUAUGUGCUGCUGGAGGCCUCUGGGACUGACCUGAGGUUGCAGGCGCGGGCCCAGACCAGGAUGACGCCCGAGGGCUCUCAGGACCGAGGCACAGGGCUGACUGCUGUGGCUGUCCAGGAGGGCAACUCAGAUGUGGUAGAGGUCCGGCUGAGGGAUGGGGCCGGGGCCCUGCAGGUGCUGCUGAACCAGGAGGUGCUCAGCUUCAAGGAGCAAAGCUGGAUGGACCUGAAGGGCAUGUUCCUGUCAGUAGCUGCUGGGGACAGAGUAUCAGUCAUGCUGUCAUCAGGGGCCGGCCUGGAGGUCAGCGUCCAGGGUCCGUUCCUGAGUGUGGCGGUCCUGCUGCCCGAUAAGUUCCUGACGCACACACGAGGCCUCCUUGGGACACUCAAUGACAACCCCUCAGACGACUUCACCCUGCGCAGCGGCCAGGUCCUGCCCCCCAGUGCCAGUUCCCGAGAACUGUUCCAGUUUGGGGCUGACUGGGCUGUGGAGAAUGCCUCCUCCCUGCUCACCUACGACUCCAAGUUCCUCGUGGAAAACUUCCUGCUCCGGCCCAAGCAUGACCCCAAUUUCCUGCCCCUCUUCCCCGAGGAGACCACCUCCAGCCCCAGCCAGGAGAGUGAGGCGGCCAAACUGUGUGGGGACAACAAUUUCUGCAACUUGGACGUGGCGGCCACCGGGAGCCUGAGCGUGGGCAACGCCACGCUGUUGGUCCACAGGCGGCACCUGCUUCGCGCGCAGAGCCUGCAGCCCGUGGUGUCCUGUGGCUGGCUGGCUCCGCCCUCCAACGGGCACAAGGAGGGCAUGAGGUACCUGGUGGGCUCCACUGUCCACUUCCACUGCGACAGCGGCUACAGCCUGGCCGGGGCCGAGGCCAGCACCUGCCAGACUGAUGGCACCUGGUCCCAGCCCACCCCGACUUGCCAGCGAGGACGGAGCAGCGCGGUGCUGCUGGGCGUCAUCUUUGGAGGCCUGGCGGUGGUGGCCCUCGUCGCGCUCGUCUACGUGCUCCUACGCCGCAAUAAGAGCAACACGGCCGUCUGGGAUUCGCAACCCUGAGGGAAGCACGCUUGGCCGGCGGCCAAGGGCACACAGGACCUCCCCGGGGCCAAAGACCAGCCUCCCAAACUCCCAAGAACGUGCACCCCAGUACUUGGAUCCACAAAUCCCUACCACCAUACACCUGGGACACGGACACCUGAACCUGAGCUUUUAAAGCCCGGUGCCCUGCUCUGUCACCAAAGACCCGGACCUUGAGUAGUCACUGUGGAGUUCCCGAGGCUCUGUUCCCCACAUACCCCUGACUCUUAAUUCCCCAGGCCCGAGACUCCGUACCCUUGAAUUCUGAGGCCUGUCUCCCGAGCCCUAAUACUCCAGCACCUGAUCUUCAAAGGCCAGUACCUCAGAUCCCUUGCCCAUGAUGCUGAUUCCCAGUAUACUGAGUCGUGGUGCCCCAACAGGGGGCCCCAGGGCCGAGCUGCCUUGAUUCCCAGACCCUGGGCCUGGCCUGAGACUGUAGGUGGGUCCAGACUUGGGUGUGGAGAGUCACCCUCUAAGCUCCAGGCUUGUAAUUCUAAGUCUCUGGAACAUCUCCUGAAACACCCCUUCCUGCCUGUUGGGGGAGAAAACAAGCCUUUGGUGCCCCUUCCCUGGUGUCCUCAUGCUCGUGCUGUGCCUUGGUUCCAGGGAGUCCCACGGUUGCCCUGUGUGGUCCACAGCACCCAGAGCAACCUGGGUCUGAGGCCUUCGUCCACUGGCAGGUCGCCUGGGACCGGUCUCUCCCCAACCUCUGUCUCUCCAUCUGUAAAGUGGGAUCUGGAACAAUGACCACGUUGUGACAGGGAGGGGAAGGGUUCUCCAUGGGGUGCUACGCUGGGCACUCAAGAGAAGGGACAGGGCUGGGCGGCCCACCCUCCCCCAAUGUAGGGAACAAGCAAGCUGGCAGCCUGGCCCUGGGCCCCCCACCCUGCCCUGUCACAGCCCCAGAGGCAGUCUGGUAAUGCGAUGCCCAACUGGUCCCGGUCCCUGAGCCCUUUGCCCAGGAGUGUCCAGAAGCUAGUACAGGGCCCAGGCCUUAUGCCAUCACUGCCCCGUUUGUAGCAAGGGUGCUGAAUGGGGGCUGUGGGCAGGCCUGGGCAGGGUAGGAUGGGGUCAGAUUUGCAUCAUAGGUGUUAGAUGGAGAAAGCACCAGGGAGUGUGGGGUUGGAGGUUGGCGCCCCCUGGCCAGGGCGGGCAGCUCUGCCUGAGAGGAGUGAGGGGCAGGGGGUUGCCCACGAGAUCUGGAGCCCUGGGUGGGAGGCUGAGAGAAGCCCCUUCACCGCAGCACCAAGAGUGGCCACGUGGGGGCAGCAGAGGGUAAGAACAGUGGAGGCGGAGGCUACCCAGGGACCCAGGCCAUCAGGGAGAGCAGUGCAGUUGGGCCAGCAGGCUUGUGGUCACGACCCCGGCCAAGGUUCAUGCAGACCCACCUCUUCAUCUCCCUCAUCUGGGGGGUGACCUCGAGUCGUCCCCCAGUCUCAGAGGUUGCAUGGGUCAUCUCCCUCACCUGGGAGGGUCUCGAGUCAUCCCCCAGUCUCAGAGGUUGCAUGGGUUACUCAAGGUCGUCCAGCUGGCACUGACCACUUGGAUCGGAGGCCAGGCCUCCCUACCUCCUCAGCCUCACCUUUGGCAGAGGGGUGGGCAGGGGCAGCGGCAGAUCCCAUCUGCAGGGAUUCCUGGAGUGUGCACAGUGGGGCACAUUUGAACAGGGCUAAGAUGAGAUUGGGGGGGUGGGAGUCCUGGGGGUGGUGCUGAGGAGACUCUGGUGGAGGCGGAUGGGGUCAGUGCUUCUUGUCCUUCCAGACCCCACCCACCUCCCCCCAACCUCUGGGCUUCCAGCUCAGGACAGGGGGGCUGAGGGCCCACCCUUUGGCCCCUGGGCAGGUACUUUCCUCUCUGCAGAUGAGGUAAGGCAGGGCUGGCCUCCCACCAACCUGAGCCCCAGUGCUUCCUUGCCGAGCCAGGCCGGGCCAGGCCCUUGACGGUGGGUGAGGGUCAGGUUCCUGGUCAGAGCAGGAGGGCAGGGGCAGCAUCACCACUCCCAGACUGGCCUCAGAGGUGUGAUUGGUCAGAGAGCUUUCCAGGUAGAGGAACAGCCUGAGCAAAGGCUCAGAGGAUGGGACGUGCACUCAGGUCUGAGGAGUAACGUGGAGGGCAGCAGUAGAGGUGCCUCCCCUGCCAGGCUUCAUCCUGAAAGUAAAGCAUGGCCUCCCUCAGGCCCCCUACCCUACUCUUGUCCCUCUAAGGUAGGCCCUGGAGCUGCCCUGGCAGGAGAAGGGCUCCAUCGUGGCCCUGGCCCCAGACGUCAGGCCUUCCCAGUGCCAGGGGCCGGCCAGGCUGGGAAGCCCCAACACCUGGCAGGGGUUUUCCCAGGGACCCGUCGGGAGUCUGGGGUGCUGCAGGGCCUGUGUGAGGGCACAAGAUCCCAGAGCUGGGCAGAGACUCCCUAGAAACAUCAACGGUAGGCACCCUGGCCUCAGAGAGGUGGUCUCCCCAAACCACAGCCCCAGGAAGUGACGGCACCAGAACCCAGCGGCCAGUCCCCUGUCCCUUGUACUAGUUGGGAUUUUGAGGACAGUAAUCCAGGGACUUGGAAAUGCAGGUAAUGAGAGAGCUGGGAAGUGAAAUAGGAGCCAGCGAGGGACAAAGCAUGGGGGAGGCCAAGGAGCCAGGCCAGGUCCCCAAGAAAGAGAACCAUGCGGUUGUGUGGGGCCCUCACCACAGAGACAAUUACCCCACCAACAGAGGCCUCUAGCCUCCCGAGGAGGGGAAACACCACUUCCCCUCCAGCCUCCCACUUGGGCCUCCUGUUGGCUGAACAGUGGGAAGGGGCUGAUGUAGGGGGAAGGGACCAAUGUGGGGAGUAGGGACCCCUCUGCCAGGCUGCUUCCUCCCACAAAGCCCCAGGUGACCGAGUCCCUGCCCCGGGCCAGGCCUCUGCUGGGAGACCCCUGUCCCCAUGGUCCAUGCUGCUCUGGAGGAGGGUGUGAUCGGUGUAGUGCAUUGUGGGAGCAGGAGGCCAGGUGGGUGCUUUUUGGAGGAGUCUGGCUCCAGCUGAAUUUCAGAGGACAGAAGCCAUUAGAGAAGUGAGGUCCAGUAGGUACUCUGCAGCCACACAGGCCGGGUGCCCUUCCAAAAGCACUGGACUACAUUCCCCAGCACCCUUUGCAGUUGGUGCAGUCAUGUGACUGGUUUCUAGCAGGAGGGGAUGGGGCAGUUCCAGGGCUGGUCCUUAACACCUCCACAGGCAACCCCCUGCAGGCCCUUCCCCCUGCUCCCGAUGUUGCUCAGGUGACUGGAAGCCAUGCCAACCUAGGUCCCUAGCAUGUGGAAGGAUCUCCCCAUCCCCACCUGUUCACCCAUCCAGUACUGCUUUGGGAACAAAAAAUAAACUUCCCUUGUGAGUAAGCCAUAGUACAUUUUGGGGUCUAUGUGUUGCAGCAAUUGGUCCCCUGAACUAUACACAACAGGCAGAGAUGUGAAAAGAUGGCCUUAUGUUUUUCAUCAGUGUUGAAGAUAAAUACUAUGUGCAAAAGGUUUUAAAAAAUUCAGUGGAUCUUCCAAUGUUCAU